AUGGGUGAAAAACAUCUUUUUAUUUCCUGGUUUGCCCUGUGGUAUGAGAAGGAAUACAUGAGUCCUAAAGAACACAUCAUGGAUCAGGGAAAGAGGCUGUGCUCCAGCUAUGAGGGAGCUAAGGCCACUGAGCUGGUCCUAGAUGUUAAGUCCGAAGUCACCAGCCAGUUUAUAGAUUUUCAGUGGAAACUCGGCAUGGCUGUGAGCUCGGACAACUGCAGAUCACUUAAGUAUCCUUACGUUGCAGUAAUGCUAAAAGUGGCAGAUCAUUCUGGCCAAGUAAAGAACAAGUCCUUUGAAAUGACAAUUCCUCAGUUUCAGAAUUUUUACAGACAGUUCAAGGAAAUUGCUGCUGUUAUGGAAACUGUGUGAAACUCUUUGGUUGAUACAGUCCUAUCAUCAUUUGAAAAUUAUGAGCCCAUCUUUCAGCAAAAGAACUACAGAAGGACCAAAUAAUAUUUAUCAAUGAAAGUAGUAUUUUCCACUUUUUAAAUAAUAAAAAAAUAAGAUAAACAGGAAUUAGGUGGUGGUGAUCACAAUUUGUGAAUGUACUAGAGGCAACUCAAUUGACUGCCUUAAGGUUGUAUUUGUGGAAUGUGGACUACAUCUAAAAAAUCAGAGAGGCAGUUGAAUGGAGACAAUACAAGUUUAUGUAUUAGAACAAUAGUUGAAAACUCACUGAUAAAGGAACCCACUUUAUAAACUAUUUAACACAGAGUCCUAUAAGUACACGUAAAUUAAAAGUACCAUGUUUGAAUAAGAUAUAAGUUUUGUUUUUGAGUUCCUUUCUCAAACAUUUGGAAUUUGAUUAAAAUUUGCCAUGGAUGUUAAUCAUUCCUGUUAUUAAUUUUUGUAGAAAGUUCACUGUCAAUAAUCUAGUGUUGGUUGAAAACACCUUGAAGCCUGUGUACAUGCUGUGUCUGCCUGCCAAGCCUGUGCAAUGAGAAAGGCUGCUGCAAAUCUCACACAAGUGCCAUGCACUUAACCAGAGCCUUUAUCACAAGAAUCUGGUCUAUUGACUUUCCAGGCUUUUGCACUGAAAGAAAUAACAUUUAUUUAGAAGGGCAAACCAAGAGUGAGUUCUUAUUCUAGACAUAGGAAGUAUUACUAAACUGUUACAUGUGUACUAUUUAGAAAUUUUCAUUUAA